AUGAGUGUAGUUUACGAGCGAGCGCGACGUACAGCUGGGCUGGUUGUUGUUGGUGAUCGUCCCACUCUAACUCGUUGCUUCCAAUCUCACCGACUCCAUUAUCCCAUGUGUACAAGAAUAGGCCGAGGAUUCUAUCGCAACGACGACGGCAUCAAAGUAUGGCUUGAGAUGACGUCAAUCUGCGCUCUCUCGGCUCGGAGCGCGGCGGCGAGCGAUGUAGGGAGGGAGCGAGAGAGCAGAGAGAAGCACAUUGGACGACUACGCCUACUCGAGCGCUGUCGUGCUCCCGCGAGUUCCAGGGCCCGAGUUUCGCGUUCAGUUUCGGACGGAGGCGACGUGCCGGUUCCGCUUGCUACUAAUCGAAUCAUAAAUGCAAGUUUUGGAAACUGUCCGCUUUCCGCCACGGAGUUGCACAGUUGCAUCGGACAGCACAGAAUGCGUGUAUCAUGUGUCAUUCUGCCCUCCUCUCUUUCUUUCCUCUCUGUCCAACUCUCCCCAACAAAUGCGAAACCAGUUCUUUCCAAAGUUCUUGCUCUCUUGACAUUGAUACACUACUCCACGAGUAACGUUGCUGUAAACAGGAUGUGUCUGACGACGCCGCUAUACUGGUUAGGGGGCCAGGAGGUAACGAAUGAUGCAGCAAAACAAGUUCGUCGUGUGCCCAUGCUUUCCUCUUCGCUGUCGCCAAGGAACGACGAUGGCUCUUCACCGUGCCUCAGGGCCGUGAAUCCACGUGAUGACGGCAUUGGAGCAUUGAACGACCACUGGCGAUGCCACAGCCUCACCUACGAAGAAGUCUACCCCGUCGGCACCCUCCUUGCACGAGGCGCCCCUCGCCGAGAGCCUUCACCUCUGCUCUCCGUCGUUUCACAGUCCUUCGCUGUCGAACACUUUCUUUCUCUCGCCAGGCUCUCGUCGGUGAACGAAAUCGUUCAGAAGGCGGCGCGACGUGCAAUCUGCUACUCUACCCGCCCUCCACCGCUUUCCCACUGUCUCUCAGAACCCGUUGCGGACCCCGUCUCCGCUCCUCGCCCUGCAGCGCUCUCUAGCCUCCUGGCUCGUCAUCUCACGCCUUUUUACGAACCUCCUCGCUCCGAGCGCUCUCUCAUCGCAGCAGCCAGCAUUGGUGUUAUUCUGUCAGGAGUUGUUUACUUUCUGCACAGCAGUCGUUCCACAAUCGAUGUGUACGCUCAUGAACGGCUGUGGUGCCACCAGCCCCUGAAGCUGUGGCACCAGCGUCCCGGGUGUGUUUAA